AUGGCGGAAGACGGCGACGCACCAGCCACCAACGGCUUCCUCAAGAACUCGGCCAUAGCAGGGGCCAUCGUCUGCCCUCUGGCCAUGCUGCUCCCGCCGCGCAAGAUGGACAUCCGCUUCUUCGUCCUGGCCACGGGCUUCUCCAUGUCGACGUCACACCUAGCAAAGGAGUACACGGGCGAGUCGCUGUACGAGCGGUUCGCGCGGAGGGCCAACGGCCUGGUCGAGGCCACCCAGGGCCUACCUCCGGAGGCCCAGCGCACCCAGCAGCUGCUCAGGGAGCACAAGGCCGCCGUGGCCGCCGCCGCCGCCGCCGACGAGAAGAAGAAGAAGGGUCUGGCCAAGGUGGUGGACGAUGUGUGGAUGGGCGGCGAGUCGGGCGACUGGCAGAAGAGGAGGCUCGAGGAGCACCAGAGGAGCUUCGAGGAGGGCAAGGGCAUGGCGGGGAUCAUCAUGGAUCAGAUAUACGACGUCUGGAGCGGGAACUGGACCGGAGCGGAUGCGAAGAAGCAGGGCGAAGACGAGAAGAAGAAGCCGUGA